GCUCUCUGUGCGCACACCGUGGCCGUGGAUAACACGAGUGGCAGAUGAUCACUUCUCAGACCGACGGAGAUCCCGAUCCCGAUCCGUCGCUGCCUCUUCCCAAUGACGAUGGUGUCUGCGGUUCUCUUGAUCCACCCUCGCCUUCACAGAAGUCUUCCAAGCCCGGAUGGCGCUAUUUCCAAUGCACAAAUAUCCGGGACGAACUUCGCGUCUUAUUACCUCCGCGUCCUGCCGCAAUCUAUGCAAACCUGCUCAAAGUCGAGGCUUGCGCCUUGGCGAAGAACGAUGCUGACUCUCUGCGCGAGGUUCAACAUAUCCGUUAUCUUAAAGAGGCUAUGGUUAAACGAUGCCGGAAGCUAACACAAGAUGCGAUAGGGCAUCGCAGUAUUCAGAACAUAUCAGUGGUUGAGGCACCGCUCGACUUUAAGCUUAAGCGGCUUGAGCAAUGGUGGACGUCGAUUGAAGCCCGACGAAAAACACAGAAUUGCUCCAAGAGCAGUCAAGAACGUGAGGAACGAUCAAGCAUAAUGCAGGCCAGCAUGUCUGCGGUUACGACCUCUUCCAGCAGUGAUAGUGAAUAUAGCGCUAAGCUGUCUCUUUCAAGUGCAGGUCAUGGGAGCAGUGAGCAACGCGGCCGCAGUCCGCGUCAGUGGAGGCCGAAGGGAAAGCUAACAAAACUCCAGACUAUAUCUGCUGUCACCAACAAUAGUAUCAAAAAAAACCUUCUGUCUCGCUUUCUAUACAAUCUGCCGAAGCAACAAUAUCUUCGAACAACGACAGUGGUUGGGAAAGCGCUAGUGAAGCGUCGCUGAAAUCUGUGCUCAAAUUGGGAACCCCAAAACCACUCCCAAAAGUACAUGAGGAGGAGGAGGAACGAUCAAGAACACCUGACUUAUCCACUUCUACGUUGUCCAAUUCCAGAAUGGUCAGGAUGGAUCGAGGCUUCUAUGAGGGAUUUGUAGGAACAUCGUUGCGCAAUAUUCCUCUCUUCGAAAUGCAUCACUGUGUAUCCAUAACUAUCCACGCUGACUUGGACGACGAUGUCACUUUGGAGAUCGAGGGUGAUCCGGAACAUCUUAAGGGCGCCUUACUUGAAAUCGAGCUGCUGCACAGAUACCGAGCCAAAUUCGGUUCGACUCUCUUCCACCCCCAGCCAGAUGAAGAGGAUCUAGGACGUCGGCCGCUUCCGAUUCCUAAUCGGACAAGACGCGAGUCAUCUUUGAGCUCUCCAACUACACCACUGCAUAGUGCUACGCCAAAGAGUAUGUCAACUCCGUCUUCUUUGAGAAGCGCAAGAAGCGUAAGAGUCCCAUAACUAGGCAGUACUGUUUGCAAAUUCUUUCCUCGUCGACUACUCUGGCAAUGUAUUUUAUAUUCAAAGUCGUGUAUAACAUCUCCGUCGUCUUCCGCCGUACUGUUUGUUUACUGUAACAAUGGUGUAAUGUACCCAUAGUUGUUGUU